UUAUCCAUCUACAAAUGAAUUCAACUCCACACGUCGCCUCUUUUCCCCUCCAAAUUUCUAAUCCUUUUCUCCCUUUCACGGUUACUAUAAUCUGUUUGCUCAAUGCCCCAAAAAGGGAUGCACAAAAACGGUCAUUCUUGCUUCACAAAUUCAAGGUAGCGUUCAGCGUGAACCAUGGCUUUUCCGCUAUACUCAGGAGUGCUUUCCAAUGGCGAAAGCAAAUUAUUGCAUGAUAAAUCGAUGCUAGCUAGUUGUAAAAGAUAUGGCUGCAGUAGGGCUAAUCUCAACGGCAAUCUGAUGGUAAGAAUAGGUUCGGGUAAAUGGAGCCUCCGGUACAUGAAGUUGUUAAAAACUCGUCAGUUUCGUGAAGGUUUGGGGUCGCGACAGUCACCACUAGAAACGGGUAAAACUCCUUCAAGCCGUGGUGGGAUUUGCUCGGUUAUAGCUGAGGUGAAGAAGAAACUUCAUUUACUACCAGAGGUUGCAAGUCUUGAGUUUUGGAAGAAACGGAGCUAUGUUGAGGGAGCAGCGGUUGUAGUGGCGUUAGCACUAAUGAUGAGUCCCUCGGCUGAGGCUGUGGAUGCAUUGAAAACUUGCACUUGCUUAUUGAAGGAGUGUAGGAUAGAGCUUGCAAAGUGCAUCGCUAAUCCAUCAUGUGCUGCUAAUGUCGCGUGUCUCAACACCUGCAACAACAGGCCCGACGAGACUGAAUGUCAGAUAAAGUGUGGAGAUUUGUUUGCCAACAGUGUAGUGGACGAGUUCAAUGACUGUGCAGUCUCGCGAAAGAAGUGUGUGCCUCAGAAAUCUGAUCUAGGCGAGUUUCCCGUGCCAGAUCCAGCUCUUCUAGUGCAGAACUUCAACAUGAGCGAUUUCAACGGGAAGUGGUUCAUAAGCAGUGGUUUGAAUCCUACGUUCGACACUUUUGAUUGCCAGCUGCACGAGUUCCAUGCCGAGGGCAGCAAGCUUGUCGCGAACUUGACAUGGCGGAUCAAGACACCGGACACUGGCUUCUUCACUCGAACAGCAGUCCAGAACUUCGUCCAAGAUCCUAAAUACCCGGGGAUAUUAUACAACCACGACAACGAGUUCCUUCACUACCAAGAUGACUGGUACAUUCUAUCAGCCCAGGUGGAGAACCAACCCGACGACUACAUAUUCAUCUACUAUCGCGGUCGGAACGAUGCAUGGGAUGGCUAUGGAGGCGCAGUUAUCUACACCCGAAGCGCGGUUUUGCCAGAGAGCAUCGUGCCCCGUCUAGAGACGGCCGCGAAGAGCGUGGGGCGCGACCUGAGCCAGUUCAUCAAGACGGACAACACGUGCGGGCCGGAGCCCCCCCUGGUGGAGCGGCUGGAGAGGACGGUGGAGGAGGGCGAGGGGAUCAUCGUGAGGGAGGUGGAGGAGAUCGAGCAGGAGGUGGAGCAGGAAGUGGAGAGGGCGAUGGAGACGGAGACGACGUUGGUCCAGAGGCUGGCGGAAGGGUUCCAAGAGCUGAUCAAAGACAGAGAUUACUUCCUGAAAGAGCUGAGUAAGGAAGAGAUGGAUCUGUUGAAUGAUCUGAAAUUGGAAGCAACUGAGGUGGAAAAGCUGUUUGGUGGAGCUUUGCCUCUCAGAAAAUUGAGAUGAAUGUGUUGUAUAUGGUGACUACAUUGAUUUUAUUACCAUUUUGUUUCAAGACUAAUGUAUAGUUCAUACUCCGUGAUAAAUUAUACUCCUACUC